AUGGCAUCAGGGAAAGCCAUCAGCGAUGGCAAAUUCAAGAUUGUUCUUUUAGGGGACAAAGACGUAGGGAAGACGAGUAUCUUGUUGCGUUAUGUACGUGACGAAUUCUUCGAGAGAACGUCGAUCAAUCCGAUUAGCGACACAACUAAGAACAUCCUCAUCAAUGGACGAAACAUAACACUUGAACUGUGGGAUACAGCCGGUCAGGAGCGCUUCAAAAGCCUGGAAACGCACUACUACCGUGAUGCUGAUGCCGCUGUACUUGUAUACAGUGUUGUGGAUGAAGAAAGCUUUAGUAGUCUUUGUGAUUAUUGGCUUAAAGAGACUCUACGCUACAUACCAGAUGGAGAAAUGAUACCGAUAUUAGUAGUUGGAAACAAAUCAGACCUUUCUGGAUUUGAAGAUGAACAAGUUGACAUCAAUACAGUGAAGGAGUACACCCAGUCAUGUGGUUUGCCAUUACCUUUGGAGACGAGUGCAAAAACAG